AGAGCGGGGUCCCGGCACCGCGGCGCUCGGGUUUUGCUUGGGUCCUGGGUGGAGGGCCCGGGUGCCGGGGCCCGAGGUGGCGCCUCGCUAACGGGAGAGGGAGCGGGAUCGCCGGCCCCGAGAGAGCUCUCAGGGCCAGAGUGGGCAGGAGGAUGCUUUCCCGGCCUCACCAUGGAGCUGCGCUGCGGGGGACUGCUGUUCAGUUCUCGCUUUGAUUCAGGGAACCUAGCCCAUGUGGAGAAGGUGGAAUCUGCGUCUAGUGAGGGGGAAGGAGCAGCAGGUGGGGGGGCAUCAGCCCCCAGCAGCAGCAUCGCCUCCUCUCCUGACUAUGAGUUCAACGUGUGGACCCGUCCAGACUGUGCUGAAACGGAAUUUGAGAAUGGGAACAGGUCAUGGUUCUACUUCAGUGUCCGGGGAGGAACUCCAGGGAAACUCAUCAAGAUCAACAUUAUGAACAUGAAUAAGCAAAGCAAGCUGUAUUCCCAGGGCAUGGCCCCCUUUGUGCGCACGCUGCCCACCCGGCCACGCUGGGAACGCAUCCGAGAUCGGCCCACCUUUGAGAUGACAGAGACGCAGUUUGUGUUAUCCUUUGUCCACCGUUUCGUGGAGGGCCGUGGGGCCACCACCUUCUUCGCCUUCUGCUACCCCUUCUCCUACAGUGACUGCCAGGAUUUGCUAAACCAGCUAGACCAGCGCUUUCUGGAGAACCACCCUACCCAUAGCAGCCCCCUGGACACCAUUUAUUACCACCGUGAGAUUCUUUGCUAUUCUUUGGAUGGACUUCGUGUAGAUCUGCUAACGAUCACUUCCUGCCAUGGGCUUCGAGAAGAUCGAGAGCCCCGGCUAGAGCAGCUAUUUCCGGAUACCGGCACUCCUCGACCAUUCCGUUUCACAGGCAAGAGGAUAUUCUUCUUAAGCAGUAGGGUGCACCCUGGGGAGACUCCAUCUAGCUUUGUCUUCAAUGGCUUUCUGGACUUCAUCCUUCGACCUGAUGACCCCCGGGCCCAAACCCUUCGUCGCCUCUUUGUCUUUAAGCUGAUUCCCAUGUUGAACCCUGAUGGUGUGGUCCGGGGCCACUACCGCACAGACUCGCGUGGAGUGAACCUGAACCGUCAGUACCUGAAGCCCGAUGCAGUCCUGCACCCAGCCAUCUAUGGGGCCAAAACUGUGCUUCUCUACCACCAUGUGCACUCCAGACUAAACUCCCAGAGUCCCUCCGAGCACCAGCACAGUCCCCGUCUCCCUCCCGAUGCUCCCCUCUCUGACCUCGAGAAAACCAACAAUAUCCAGAACGAAGCUCACCUUGGGCAUGCACCUGACAGGGAUAACCCUGAAGGCUGGACGCAGACUGAAGCGGCAGAACAGAAGCCCAGCGGCAUGUGGAUUCUGCCACACCAGUCCGCCGAGGUUGCGCAGCCGGCGGCCGACGCCAUCCCCCCACGAGAGAGUGGCGUGGCUUACUAUGUGGACCUGCAUGGACAUGCUUCCAAAAGGGGCUGUUUCAUGUACGGAAACAGCUUUAGUGACGAGAGCACCCAGGUGGAAAAUAUGCUGUAUCCAAAGCUCAUCUCCUUGAACUCAGCACACUUCGACUUCCAGGGUUGCAAUUUCUCAGAGAAGAACAUGUAUGCCCGAGACCGCAGAGACGGCCAGUCUAAGGAGGGAAGCGGCCGGGUUGCAAUCUACAAAGCCUCAGGGAUAAUCCACAGCUACACACUUGAAUGCAACUACAACACUGGACGCUCAGUAAACAGCAUCCCUGCGGCCUGCCAUGACAACGGGCGGGCCAGCCCCCCUCCCCCGCCGGCUUUCCCCUCCAGAUACACUGUGGAACUGUUUGAGCAGGUGGGCCGCGCUAUGGCCAUUGCGGCUCUGGACAUGGCGGAGUGCAACCCGUGGCCCCGGAUUGUGCUGUCGGAGCACAGCAGCCUCACGAACCUCCGCGCCUGGCUGCUGAAGCACGUGCGCACCAGCCGGGGCCUGAGCAGCUCUGCGAACGUGGGCGGCAGCAAGAAGAGAGGCUCUCGAACUCCACCCAAAAGUAACAACGGCCUGCCGGCCUCCUGCUCCGAAACGCCCUUGAGCCGCGCACGCAGCUUUAGCACCGGCACAGGCGCUGGCAGCCAGCAGAACUCUCCACAGAUGAAGAACUCCCCCAGCUUUCCUUUUCAUGGCAGUCGGCCCUCAGGGCUGCCAGGCCUGGGCUCUAGCACUCAAAAGGUCAGCCACCGGGUGCUGGGCCCCGUCAGAGAGCCCCGAAGCCAGGACAGGAGACGGCGGCAGCAGCCACUGACGCAUCGCCCCACUUCAAGCGGCGUGGCCCCGUCCUCAAAUCCUGCCAGUUCUAGCCCAGCAGCCUCACACAGCGUGGGCUCCUGCCUCCUGCCCGGCUCACUCAGCGUAUCAGGGAGCAGCUGCUCACUCCUGUCCUCAGGGGACAAGCCAGAGGCUGUCAUGGUGAUUGGGAAAGGGCUGCUAGGGUCUGGACCUCGGAUCCCCUGUAUCAGGACACGACUGCAGGCUAGGCCCAGGUUGGGCCAGGGCUCACCGCCGACUUGCAGAGGGAUGAGAGGCUCUUCGGGCCCCACAUCCCCUAUACCCUGGACCAGGGAGAGCAGUGAGCCGGAGCCGGGACCCAGCUCUGCACCAGGGCUGCCUCAGGCCGGGCCCCCACGGCCCCACUCUGCCCCUGCCUUUUCUCCUAUUUCCUGUAGUCUGUCUGACUCCCAGUCCCGGAUAUGUUACAGCGGGGGGCCCUUGGGCCAACCUGAGGUUUGUUUUGUCUCUAAAUCACCCCCACUCACUGUUUCUCCCCGGGUCUGAUGCCUCCAUCUUCAUGCCCAGGACACAGCCCCAAGACGGGGUACACAGUGAGAAACGUGUUAGCCCCUUCCCUCAGCUGUGGCUUCCAUGUGACAACCGUAAGGCCUGUGUGAAUGAACACUGAAUACCAGCCACACUGUUCUGAGGCAUCGCAGAGCAUCACCCUGAGACAGGACAGAGCAGAAACCUGCUACCCCGUCCCUCCCUCCACAGCACAAGAUUUGGGGACCACAAAAAUAUAUAUCUAUAUUUUUAUAUUGGGGGGAGGGAGUAGAAAAGAAAGCCCCUAUACUGGGCCCUACUCAGUGGCAGCUUCUUGUUCCAUAGUUAAGGAAGACUUUGAGGAAAUAAAAGUUGUUUGGAAAAA